AUGAAGCUUUUUGCUCGUCUGAAUGUGGUUGUGCUGCUUGCAAUCUCGGCCCUGCUAUACUUGGGCUGGACGCUGCGCUCGUAUCAUCCGAUCACGCGAGCAAAGAAAGUCUGGAGUCGUAAGACGACUGAGAUCGUAGUGUUUGGAGACUCAUGGAGCACCAAUCACCUCGAACUGUCGCUGUCUGCGGAGCGACCAGCGACGCCGGUUGAUAAGAAACUUUGGGUGGAUACGCUGUGCUUGGAGCUGGUUUGCGACCGCAUCUACGACCUCGCCCAAUCACUGCCCUCCUAUCCCUCGCACCUGCGAGGGCCUGUCAUCGACAACGACAUCUACGCCAAUCAUACCCGAUCGUUGAACCUAACUACAGGUCUUGGAAAGAUCCCAGACUUUGGCCAUCAAGUUGAUGACUAUCUCGCACAAGACGAUGCUCGAUGGAAAGAUGAUGGAGAACAAAACGGACAAACCACGAUUAUCCUCACCGUCUUCUUUGGUUUACAAGAGAUUUGGGACUUUGUGGGUCUGCAGCAAGACGCUGUCUUGCCCGCUGUCAUGGAGUGCAUAUCGUCCAUGUUUGCGCAGCUGGACCGCCUCGUCCAGGCGGAGUCGGUGAAAGUGAUUCGUCCCACUGUCAUCAUACCCAAGCUGCCGGAUCCGACCUUCUUCCCUCGUUGGAUCACCCAGCGUACGUCUGCAAACGGGACAGACAAGUAUGGUCAGCUCCAGCGUCAAGCCGUAGUCCUGACCGAUCUCUGGAACCAUGUUCUGGAGAAGCAAGCCGAGGCCUGGAACAAGGCUCACAUCGUCAUGCCCGACUUCCAUACGUGGAUGCUUGAACAGAUGCGAGAACCUGAAAUCGAUGAGACAGGUCUUGUAGCAAUCUCGAAAAUCAGAGCUGAUUCCAGAUUCACCGAGUUGACCCAGCCCUGUGUCAACUACACCGCUUCCUUUGACAGAGACGGAAUCGAAACCCGUCCAUUCACCGUGUGCGAGGACCCGUCGCAAUUCUUGUUCUGGGAUGAUACGCGUUUGAGCGGCACCGCACAUGAAAUGUUAGGCAAACACGUUGCUGCGAUUCUGAAGAAUAACACAGCUUCCAAUCAGACGCUGUAUGUCGAAAACGCAAAAACCAAAGACGCAAAUCGCCCGGUUUCCUUGAGCGAAUAG